AUGUCGGGUCAGGAUUACUACGGUCAGGGCCAAGGCCACGGUCAAGGCUACGGCUACAGCCACGACAACGCAUACCAGCAGCAGCAACAGCAUGGCUAUGGACAGCAGAAUCAGGGCUACCCUCCGCAAGGCCAGGCGUAUGGACAACAACCGCACGACCAGUACGGUCAAGGACAUCACAGCCCUUACCCUCAAGGCCAGAGCCAGUACCCUCCACCGUCGCACGAUCCCUACGCGCAGCCUCCUCAACACGGCUAUGGUGCCCCUCCGCAGGAGCAGUACCAGCAGCAAGGCUACGACCCAAACCGCAGCACUUCUCCCUACCCACCGCAGCCACACCAGCAGCAAGGCUAUCAUGACCCCAACCAACAGUAUGGAGCGCAUCAGCAACAGGGCUACCACGACCCACAACAGGGCUAUGGUGCGCCAGCAUACGGCCAACCCGGUGCACCCGGUGGUCCAGCUGAAGGCGACCGUGGACUUGGUUCGUCCCUCUUGGGCGGCGCAGGCGGCGCAUUUGUUGGCAACAAACUUGGAGGCGGAGCGCUGGGCACCAUAGGAGGUGCGCUGUUGGGAGCGGUUGGCGCCAACCUAAUACCUGACAAGAAGGACAAGAAACACAAGAAGCACAAGAAGCACGGUAGCUCUGAGCAUGGCUCCCACCAUGGGUCUUCGCAUCAUUCGCACCAUAGCUCGCAUGGCCACGGUCACAAGCACAGGAGCCAUAGCAGGAGCCACAGCAGGGGCGGCAAGAGCAGCUCUAGCUCUAGCAGCGACUCGGACUAG